GAACUUAAGGCUGCUGCAGACAGUGUCUUAUCUGAAGUGAGGAAGAAGCAAGCAGAUACAAAGAGGAUGGUGGACAUUCUGCGGGGAUUAGAAAAGCUUCGGAAACUGAGAAAAGAGGCUGCUGCCAGGAAAGGUGUUUGUCCACCCCCUUCAGCAGAUGAAGCAUUUGAAAAUCAGGUGGAGAGUCUCAAAACGUUGCUCAAAAAUCGCACAGAGCUGUAUGAAGCUGAGGAGAGAGCAUUAAGAGUUAUGCUGGAGGGAGAACAGGAGGAGGAAAGGAAGAGAGAAAUGGAAAAGAAACGGAAGAAGGAGAUGGAAAAACUACUACAGCAGAAACUCGAAAUUGAUUCCAAGCUGUUUGGGGAUCCAGAUGAAUUUCCUUUAGCCCAUCUAUUGCAGCCCUUCAGAGAGUAUUACUUACAAGCUGAGCAUUCUGUGGCAGCUCUAAUCCGGAUCAGGCACGAAUGGGAUCAGUUCUUGGUGCCCGCCGAUCACCCUGAAGGAAGCUCCAUACCUCCAGGAUGGGUGCUCCCGAGCCUCCCCACAAAUGACACCUGGGCCACUGCUGUCAGAUAACUUAGUAAUAAAUUAGUUUACCGUUGGA